AUGUCUGCUCGAGUGAGGCCUCUGGCCCCGCCCACAAUUCUCCUGGAGGGGGUGGAGCCGGUUGCGAUGGCCGUAGAGGACAUUAUAGAAAAGAAGCACCCAGAUGCUGGAAUUUACUUCAACACCAACACCAACAAUAACAAUGAAGAAGAGGAGAAAAAGAAGAAAAAGAAAGAAAAAAAGGAGAAGAAGGAGAAAAAAGAGAAGAAGGAAAAAAAGGAGAAGAAGGAAAAGAAAAAAGAAGCAGAAGAGAAGGAGAAGGAGAAGGAGAAGGAGAAAGAAAAAGAAAAAGAAAAAGAAAGACCAAAGGAGAUUGAGGUUGUAGAUCCGGCGGGAAACAUGUACUACAACUGGCUCUUCGUGAUCACGUGUCCUGUGAUGUACAACUGGGUUCUCAUCAUAGCGAGAGCUUGCUUUGAGGAGCUGCAGUCGGAUUAUUUGAUGAACUGGUUCAUCAUGGACUUCUUAUCAGAUGUGGUGUAUCUGCUGGACAUGGUGUUCAGGACCAGGACAGGAUAUCUGGAGCAGGGGCUGUUGGUGAAAGAUGAGAAGAAGCUUCGCGAUCGCUACACGCAGAGCCUCCAAUUCAAGCUGGACCUGGCCUCUAUGGUUCCGACCGACAUCUUCUACUUCUACUUUGGUCUGAACUACCCCGAGAUUCGCAUGAACAAGCUACUGAGGGUCAACCGCUUGUUCGAGUUUUUCCAGCGCACCGAAACACGGACUAACUUUCCCAACGUGUUCCGAAUCUCCAACCUCGUCAUGUACAUCGUGAUCAUCAUCCACUGGAACGCCUGCAUGUAUUACUCCUUCUCCAAGGCCAUCGGCUUCGGGACGGAUGCGUUCGUGUAUCCGGACACCUCGGACCCGGAGUUUGGCCGUUUGGUGAGAAAGUACGCAUACAGCAUGUACUGGUCCACGCUCACGCUCACCACCAUCGGCGAAACCCCGCCCCCUGUCAAAAACUCAGAGUACUUCUUCGUAGUAACAGACUUCUUGGUCGGCGUGUUGAUUUUUGCCACCAUCGUCGGUAACGUGGGCUCCAUGAUCACCAACGCCAACGCGGCGCGAGCGGAUUUCCAGGCUCGCAUCGAUGCCAUCAAACAGUACAUGAGCUUCCGAAAGGUCACCAAAGACCUGGAGAAACGGGUCAUUAAAUGGUUCGAUUUCUUGUGGACCAACAAGAAAGCAGUGGACGAGAGGGAAGUGCUGAAAUACCUGCCGGACAAGCUGCGGGCGGAGAUCGCUAUAAACGUCCACCUGGACACUCUGAAGAAAGUGCGCAUCUUCGCGGACUGCGAGGCCGGGCUUCUGGUGGAGCUGGUGCUGAAGCUCCAGCCGCAGGUCUACAGCCCCGGAGACUACAUCUGCAAGAAGGGCGACAUCGGCCGCGAGAUGUACAUCAUCAAAGAAGGAAAGCUGGCCGUGGUGGCGGACGACGGAGUCACGCAGUUCGUGGUGCUGAGCGACGGAAGCUACUUCGGGGAGAUCAGCAUCCUCAACAUCAAGGGCAGCAAGGCGGGCAACCGAAGAACCGCCAACAUCCGCAGCAUCGGCUACUCAGACCUCUUCUGCCUGUCCAAAGACGACCUGAUGGAGGCGCUGACCGAGUAUCCGGACGCCAAGGCCAUGCUGGAGGAGAAGGGACGACAAAUCCUUAUGAAGGACAAUCUUCUGGAUUUAGAGUUGGCCAAGCAGGGCCCUGAUCCCAAAGACAUGGAGGAAAAGGUGGUGAAGAUCGGCAGCGUGUUGGAAGAUCUUCAGACGCGCUUCGCCCGCCUCUUAGCCGAACAUGAAGCCGCACAAGGGAAACUGAAGAAGCGCGUGACUAAAUUAGAAAAGAAGAUGACAGACUCCGGCGGAGCGGCGCUCUCUGAGAUGCUGGACCCAGAACUGGCGACUGCAGAGAAGAAAGAAGAGAAAGAAUAGAAUGAAAGCUGCAGACAAACCUGAUUAAACAAAUUAGUUUUAGAACUUUGAACAGAAGCCUUGUAUAUUUUGUGGUCCACCUUUGGUUUGGACUGGAUUUGAGGGGCUGGAUAAAG